UCCCCUCCAAAUCUCCAACUCCUCCCAAUCUUUCGCAAGUCCAACUCCAAGCGUGUAUUUUUAGUUACCAAUCAAUCAAUUUUCCCUUUCUCCUUCGUACGAACCUCAUUUCUCCUUCUCUUUCUCUCUCCUCUUCAAGGAGCAAAAAUCCCCAAAUCGAAAAAUCCAAAUCUUCUGCGCUUCCAAGAUGAUGAGAGUGGCGGCAAGGCGACUCUCUUCUCUCUCCUCCUCUUCAUGGCGUCCCACCGCUUCUUCUUCCACCGUCUUCUAUAAACCUCCUUCUUCUCGCGAUGAGGAGCCUCGAUCAUCCGCCAUGUCUGAUUACUUCAGAUUAGCACCUCAUUUCUACUCUCACCAUCGAGGAUUUGCCACUGAGCAUCUCAUCCCUAAAGCUGAACAUGGAAUCAUCCCUGAUGUUCCAGCAACUGUGGCUGCUAUUAAGAACCCCUCAUCAAAAAUAACUUAUGAUGAAUACAAUCAUGAACGAUAUCCACCUGGUGAUCCCAGCAAGAGAGCAUUUGCUUACUUUGUUCUCACUGGUGGAAGAUUCGUCUAUGCUUCCCUUAUUCGUCUGCUUGUCCUUAAGUUUGUGCUGAGUAUGUCCGCCAGUAAGGAUGUCCUUGCACUGGCAUCACUUGAGGUUGAUCUCUCUAGCAUUGAGCCCGGCACUACUGUGACCGUGAAGUGGCGUGGAAAGCCCGUGUUCAUCAGGCGCCGAACUGACGAUGACAUUAAGCUGGCAAACAGUGUUGAUCUUGAAUCCCUCCGUGACCCUCAGAAGGACGAAGAAAGAGUUAAGAACCCUGAAUGGCUUAUUGUGAUUGGUGUUUGCACUCAUCUGGGUUGCAUUCCUUUGCCAAAUGCUGGGGACUUUGGUGGAUGGUUUUGCCCUUGCCAUGGUUCUCACUAUGACAUCUCCGGUAGAAUCCGCAAGGGUCCUGCACCGUACAAUCUUGAGGUACCCACUUACUCUUUCAUGGAAGACAACAAGUUGCUAAUUGGUUAAGGAAAGAUGACGGGGCCUUUUUCCCAGCGACAAUGGCGAUAUCUAGACUAUUCUUUUUUUUGGUUCUCUAGUUGUGAAACUUGGAUUUCAGAAAUUUUCUGAGACUGCCAGAUAAAUUUAUUUCGCUUCCUAAGCAUAACAAGAAAUGCUUGUGUAAUUUUGAUUUUGUAACUUUAACUGGUGGAGUUGGUGUUAUCAUUGUGAAAAUAAUUUGCUGGGCGUUUGGCUUAGUAUGAAUUUUUGUUGCCAUUGGUAAUAGUUAUCCAUUGGCCUCUAUACAACACACUGUACUCGUGGUAUUAUAUUUAUA